GGAAAAAGAUGCUCAAAUGAAGCAAACCUCUGUUCAAUCUGCCCACCAUUUGCUUUUCCACUUUCUUUCUCAACCCAGUUUUGUCUUUGCUUUUUCUUGUUAAAGUUGCAUUCUUUUCGCAAAGUAAGUUUUAAAUCCCAACAAAAGAGAAAGAAGCUACUGUUUCAAAGUGGUUUUUGAUAUUUCUGUUGUUUACUCAUAAUGUCUUUUCUUUCUUUCAACAUGAAGUUGAACUUGUUAUCAUAUAAUGCUUCUUCUGCCUCUUUUGAUCCCAAUACUGAUAAUUAUAAUAGCAUUUCCUCUUCAAAAAGUGGCACGGCUCCUGGCUGUCUAGCUGCCAUUUUACGUGGAAUCCUUUGCUCUAAGCUUCUUCCUUCUGAUCAAAUCACCAACACUGACACUCAAGUUUGUUCUAUCUUCUGUGAAAAGGAUCAAGAAUUGAAGCCUGAAGGCAAGGUUUUGCCUAGUCUUGUGGCAAGAUUAAUGGGCUUGGAAAGCGUUCCAAAUGCCAGUGCUAGUAAAAGGUCAACAACUAAGUCGAUGAAGUCAUUGGAUUUUGAGGCGAGCAUUGGUCAAAUGGAAGGCGAUGAUAAGCAUAGAAGAGUAAAGAGUAGUAGUAAAUGUAAAUUAUCGAUUCAAGAGAUGCCGACAUUUUUUGAGGUAGAAAAUGAAGAAUUCUUUGUUCUCAGCUUUGGCAAUGGAAAUAAAGAUAAAGGAAAAAGGACAAGAAGGAAGAAAGGUGAGAUGGGUCGUGGAGAAUUGAAGCAAAGAAGAGGAGAGAGACGUCGAAACAAGAACUGGGAAGUCUCUGAAAAGCCUGAAAAUCCAUGUAUUGGCACAGAAAUCAUAGAGUUUUCAACUGCUAUGAGGGAAAAUGGCCUAUGUUUAAGGAGGAGGAAGAAGAAGAAGAAGGUUCAAAGCAUUGAACUUGAGUGCAGUUCAGAAGAUUCAAGCCCAGUUUCUGUUCUUGAUUUUGAUCAAUUCAUUAUGUCAGAGUUGGAUUGUUCAAAUUCGGUGAGCUCAAAUUGGAGAAGAAAUGUUCCAAAGACACAGAAAUCUGAAGGCAAAUGUGUUGGAUCAAGAAAGAGAUAUAUCCAUAGUCACAAUUACAUAAACAUUUGUAAUCAAAUUUGCAAGAUGACUGAAUGUGAGGUAGCUGAAUCAAAUUGGUUACACAAAAAGAACAUCUUGAGGCAUGAAGAUUUUGAAGCAAUUUCUGCAGAUUUAGGGGCCCAAAUCCUUGAUCAAUUAGUAGGAGAGCUGGUUCAUCAACUCAUUGGACUGGCAAUGUAAACUUACGCAAGAUUUAGUAAAUUUUGGUGUUAACUAAAGAAACAACUUUUAAACCCUCUUUAGAUUUUCAAUUAAAUCUUGUCCCAACUGUAAUACCCAGUUGCAAAAUUCAAAUUUGAACAUGAUGGGCUGCGCCUACAAGUCUGCAGAUGUUUUGUUAAACUCCACGAUUAGACCUUGUUUAUAUUAAAUUAUGGGUAGUAGUGACUGACCAGCAAAUUUAGGUAGUAGGAAUGUUGAUAUUGACAUCAUGAUUUAGAAGC